GUCACCAAAAUUUGCAUCAAUUUCCUCAUCUGUAAACUGGGAUAUUGCGCUAAACAAGGUCCCACCUAUGAAGCAUAUAGAACAAUGUCUGGAGUAUAGCAAGUGCUCAAUAAAUGUUAGUUUACAAGACCACAGAGCCUUGUCUACACUGCCUGGUGUUUCGGUCUGUGUCCUGAGUCUGGCCCCCUGGAGGAAGGACCUUCUCUGAGUCAUGGCUUUUAUGCAAACGCCUCCCCCUGUGGCUCCCCAGAGGGCUGUGUGUUUGGUUUCCUCCCACCCACCAGGAUUAGGCUGAAGGGCUUGCUCUAAAGCUUUUCAGCCUCUUCUCCGGGGCAGCUCCUGGUGCAGGCAGGUUAUAUGCGUUGGUGACGCUGGUGCUGUUUCUCUCCUGGCCAGGGAUGGUGCCUUGGUGAAUGACCCUCCUUGGAGAAACACUCUUCUGUGCCCCUUGCCUCAAGCCAGCCCAGCCAGAAAACUGAAGAUCCAGCAGAUCCAGUGCCCGCUGCUGCGUCUCUUCUGCACAGGGAAGCUCCUGUCCUCCUCAAGGCUUCCUGAAGCUUUGAGGCGAGAGGACCCGGUUUUACCUCAUGUUUAGGGGAUCUUGCUGGCUAUGGCACGCACACUCAGCUUCCUGCUGCUGCUGCUGGGGCUGUGUGGGAACUCCGUUUCAGGAGGGCGGCCGGCAUCCACAAACACUUCUGGGGAUCUGAAUUAUGAAUUGCCUACAGCGAAUUAUGAGACCCAAGGCUCCUAUAAACCUGGAUCCAUUGGCAUUCUCUUUCAAAUGGUGCGCAUCUUUCUCCACAUGGUACAGCCUAAUGAUUUCCCUGAAGAUAUUCUUGCAAAAGUUAUACAGAAGUCGUUUGAGCCCUCAAUUAAUUUUGAUAAGUCAGAAAAUAUAAUCUUGGCUCUAAAGGUCCUCAACUAUGAGAUCGGGAUUGUUAUAUACGCUCUCCUGGGACUGCUCUUUGUCAUCCUGAUGCCUGUGGUGGGGUAUUUCUUUUGUAUGUGUCGUUGCUGUAACAGAUGUGGUGGAAAAAUGCACCAGCGACAGAAAGAAAAUGGGCCCUUCCAGAGGAAAUGCUUUGCCAUCUCCCUCUUGGUGAUUUGUAUAAUUAUGAGCUUCGGCAUCUUCUGUGGUUUUGUGGCGAACCACGCGGUGCGGACCCGGAUCAAAAGGACUCGGAUACUGGCCAACAGCAAUUUCAAAGACUUGCGAACUCUCCUGAAUCAAACUCCAGAGCAAAUCCAAUUUAUAUUGGCCCAGUACAACACCACCAAGGACAAGGCGUUCUCAGAUCUGAACAGUAUUCAUUCAUUGCUAGGAGGCGGAAUUCAUGAACGCCUAAGACCCAACGUGACCCCUGUGCUUGAUGAGAUUAAGUCCAUGGUGACAGUGAUCAAAGAGACCAAAAAGGCCCUGGAGAGCACGAAGAGCAGCUUGCAGAACCUGCGCGACACAAGUGCCCAGCUCAGCAGCAACCUGACCAACGUGAAAACUAGCAUCCAGAGGUCACUCAGAGACCCCACGUGCUCUGUGCAUCCAGCGAGUGAAACCUGCAACAGUAUCAGAACGUCUCUGAGCCAGCUGGACAGCAACCUCGACGUGAAUCAGCUUCCACCUGUGGACACAGAACUUGACAAUGUUAAUAAUGUUCUUAGAACCGAUUUGGGUGGCCUGGUCCAAAAGGGCUAUCAGGCCUUUAAUGAUAUACCUGAGAGGGUACAGCACCAAACCAAGAACAUCGUUGCAGAUGUCAAAGGCGUCUUGAAUUCCAUCGGUCCAAGGGUCAACCGUGUAACCCAACAGAUUCCUAUUGAGAGUACAUUGUCAAAGUUUGCUGUUUAUAUUAACAAAACUGAAAGUCACAUCCACCGCAAUUUACACAGCUUGGAAGAAUAUGAUUCAUACUGGUGGCUGGGUGGCUUGAUCAUCUGCUUUUUGCUCACCCUCAUCGCGACUUUCUAUUACCUGGGCUUACUGUGCGGCGUGUGUGGCUACGACAGGGAUGCCACCCCGACCAGGAGAGGCUGCGUCUCACACACCGGAGGCGUCUUCCUCAUGGUCGGGGUUGGAUUAAGUUUCCUCUUUUGCUGGCUAUUGAUGAUCAUCGUGGUUGUGACUUUUGUCAUUGGUACAAAUGUGGAAAAAUUGAUCUGUGAACCUUAUGCAAGCACAAAGUUCUUCCAGGUUUUGGACACACCCUAUUUAUUCAAUGAUAAUUGGCAAUACUAUCUCUCCGGCAUCAUAUUUAAUAAAUCAGAUAUUAGGCUCACUUUUGGACAAGUUUACAGUGACUGCAAGAACAAUAGAGGCGUUUAUGCCACUCUUCAUCUGGAGAAUCGUUUUAAUAUCAGCAAACAUCUCAACAUUAACGAGCAUACUGAAAAUAUAAACCAUGAAUUUGAAAAUCUGAACAUAAAUCUUAAUAUUGUUCUGCUGGACAAAGCAGGAAGAGCCAACCUUCAAAAUUUUGCUGUUUGUGGAAUAGACAGAAUAAAUUAUGCCACCUACUUGUCUCAGACUGGUAAACACCCUGCAAAAGUGAAUCUGUUAUCAUUUGCAUAUGAUCUAGAAACAAAAGCAAACCAUUUGCCGCCAGGAACUUUGAGGCAGUCCUUGAAAAGAGAGGCAGAAACUAUUAAAAUGAUUCACCGUCAACAGGUCGUUCCUAUGGAGCAAUCACUGGGCACUUUAAGGGACAGCAUCAAGACACUGCAACCCAUAAGCAAUGGAUUAGUGGACAGAGUAGCCCGUAUUCUUACCUCUUUGGAUUCUGCUCAGGACUUCGUCACAAACAACAUUGCCUCUGUCAUUAAUGAUGAAAUUAGGAAGUAUGUGAGAACAAUAGUAGGGCACUUUGAACAAUAUCUGCUGUGGGUUGACUUCUCUAUCAGAGAGAAGAUGGUUUCCUGCAAACCUGUGGCCACCGCUCUAGACUCUGCUGUCAAUGUGCUUCUGUGCGGCUACGUCAUCAGUCCUCUGAAUUUGUUUUGGUUUGGCAUAGGAAAAGCUACUGUAUUUUCACUUCCGGCUCUAAUUUUUGCCGUCAAGCUGGCCAAGUACUAUCGUCGAAUGGAUUCGGAGGAUGUGUAUGAUGAUGUUGAAACUAUACCCAUGAAAAAUAUGGAAAAUGGUAAUAAUGGUUAUCAUAAAGAUCAUUUAUAUGGUAUUCACAAUCCUGUUAUGACAAGCCCAUUACCUCGUUGACAGCUGAUGCUGAAAUUGCUUGAGCAUCAAGAUACUCAAAGUGGAAAGGAUCACAGAUUUUUCAUAGUUUCUGGGCCUACAAGACUUUCCAAAUUCAGGAAGUGUGCUGGUGGAGACAUACUGACUCCAGCGGGCACCAAGGAAAUGGCGUCAUUGGUCUCUGGGUAGUGCUUUGUUAGGAAUGAACACAAUCACAUUUAUAGUCCACGUGUCCAUCACUAUUCAAGGAUGAUUCCCCCCUCCCCUGUUUUUAUUUUUUACUUUUUUACACUGGGUUUUUAUUUAGACACUACAACAUAUGGGGUGUUUAUUCCUAUUCGAUGCAUUUCUGUGUCAAAAAGCUAUUCCAAUGUGAUGGCUCGAUUUCUAACAUACUGUCAUAUGUGGAGUGUGCUAACACGUACCAGUUUACAGGAAAGAUGCAUUUUGUGUAUAGUGAAUAUCGUAUAUACCUUUUGUUACCACAGUCAGAGUUUUUAAACAAAUGAGCAUUAUAGAAUUUUCUUCUAAAUGGACUUACUGUCAGGUCAGUAUUGACUUAUUGGUGCUGUUGAAAUAAUCCAUUUUCACUAAAGUGGAUGAAACCUACAGUAUAUCCUUCCUCUUGGAGAUUUUCAUCUACUUUGUCAAUGAUUUGUCAUAUUCCAUUUGGAAAUGGAAUGCAAGAGCAAUCACAGUGAAACCGGCUUAGUUCCAAUCUAGCAAAUCCAAACCAGAGAGGGAGACAGAGAUCUUGAGAGAAAGAAAUGCUGUUCUUUAUUUAGAGAGUGCAGUUGUUUUAACAAAUGCCAGUUUCAGUGUACACUUUAAUGGAGUUUUCUGAUUUAUGAGGAUAAACAUUAAUUGGAGUGCAGCUAACAUGAAUAUCAUAUGAUUAUUGGUGAGAAUUCUAAAGUGAAAUAUGAGAAGAUCCUGUCAGGAUUCUUAGAUUUGAUUUCCAACAAGAUGAAUCCUUAUAGUUUGGUCUUUAAAAACUACAGGAAAGCACAAAUUAAGUAUCAGUUUGCUUUAGGAUUUUUAUGUUGGAUUUGUCAUUAUCAAAAGUGAACAGCAAUGAAAAACUGGUCAAACAAAAUUUAACAUUUGUGCUAGGAAAUUCAAGGUGUAGGCUUUUCACUAGGUCUUUUCAUUAGAGUCCUGAUUUAUUUCAAUAAAAAGGAACUUGGAAAA